AUGCGGAAAAUGAAUCGAAAACUAGAAACUAAUCGUAAAUUAGCGAUUCUUGCCACCGUUUAUCCUAAAGCUGGUCAGUAUUUGAGAUUUAUUUCUUCUGGAAUGAGUUGUGCUCACUGUUUUCAGCCUCAGCAGUUAUUUACGAUCGAUGCCAUCUUGGCGUCGGAGUGCAAGUCAGACAAGAUCCCGAACAAGGAAGUCAGACAACACUUGGAAUUAUGCCCUUCCGUGUGCAACGAGCUGCCCAUUAAUCCAGAUGUUUCUUCGCACCUUCAUCCAGUCAGUAGUUACUGGUCACAACAAAUUUCGAAAUCCCUACCCACGGACCUUGAGGUGAAGGCUGCAGUUAACGAAUAUACACUCAUUUGCAAAUUAAUUUGGUUUUUCGAAAGACUCAUCUGGAACCCAGCUGAAUCUCUCAUUUGUGAUGUUCUCAGGCAACUGAAUGUGCUGCGCCAGGUCUCCUCAUGUUUCAGUUGCUAUGACAUUCGAGGUAUCGCGAUACAUGUAUAUAUUUGUAAUGUACUACUCAUGAGGUUGCUGAAAAUCCGUCGACAGCCCACGACCGGUUUCGCCCUUUUUGGGGCUCGCCAGUUAGGCACAGUUCCCGGGUUUCCGUCAACCUUGUUUACUCCUCCAACUUCUCCUGCUGACAUCGGAUCCUACGAUAAGGGGGACUCUCUACCACGUCUGCACACUCUGAAGUCGGUUAAAAGUCGAAGUCCACGAAUUCCUUUCACAAAAAUUCAAGUUGACGCUCUAGAGACCAAGUUCCAACAGACUCAUUACCUUAGUGGAAUGGAAGUAUACCAGUUAUCCAGCAAACUUAGUCUGGCGGAGAACCGAGAUGUUCUUGGGCAACUGAAUGUGCUGCAUCAGGCCGCCUCAUAUCUCAGUUGGUACGAUAUUAGAGUGAUCACGAAACAUUUUAUUAACGUUGCCGAAAACUCUUCGACAGCCCACGACCGGUUUCGCAGCUCCUAG